AUGGUGACAAUGGCCAUGUACCGAUCCGAUCAGACCCGUGCAGAUGCUCCCGUUGCCUCGGGCCUUCAAUCACAUCCACUACCCGGACCUCCACAACACGGACCAUCAUCAUCAUCCUCACCAUCAUCACUUCAACGGCAACAAGUCUCUUUUUCAUCGGCACCAGUACCAUCAUCAUCAUCAUCAUCAUCAUCAUCAUCAUCAUCCUUCACAUCUUUACAGCCGCUUCCUCCCUUGGCCAUGUCAAUAGGGACCGCACCGCUUCCGGGGGCUCCAGUACACUUGAGAGGACCUCCCGGGCUGGGACAGCAACAGACCACGCGUACGCUCCAGGGCCCGUCCGCGCAGGAUUGGGCCCGCAACCGCGAUAUCAUCGUCGACCUCUACAGACAGUAUCCCCUUAAAAAAGUAAGCGACAUAAUGAGGACUCAAUACAACUUCUCCGCAAGGUAUUUUGGCCUCCCUUCAGUCUGUCUCUACCUAUGCACACAGCAAGCCCCCCAUGUCUUUUUCGCUUUCUUUCAUUCAGCUCAACUCAACAAACCGACGGCGUCUUCGUGUCCAUGUCCUGUCCAUGUCCUGUCCUCGUCUGAACUUGGACACAACAUGCUGGCCGAUACAGCAUCUGCACCAUUAGAGACACACGGUCCUAUCCCAUCACUGCAUGCACUCAUCCAUCCCAAGUCUGUCCCAGUCCCAGUCCCACGGGAGCUAGCCGCAUGUGCUGGCUCCACGCCCCAUUGA